UUGUCAUGUCCGCCGCCAAAAAAAAAAAAAAAAAAAAACUACAGAACUUUUGGUUCCAGAGACCUUCUCCCUCGCUGAGUUUGAAGUUGCUUCCAGCUUUUCUCAGCAUAAAGAAACGAUUUUGAAUACAAUAGCAAGCUAACAAUCCAUGUUCCGCUCAUGGGUUCGGGUUCUUUCGGCCCGAAAGAGCCAGAGCCAUUCUCGUUUUAGCUUCUUCCGCAGAACCCAAUUGAACUCCUCCCAUGUUAAACCUUCAUUAAUCGGUUCACUGUCUAAUCUGGAUUCGAGCUUGCAUUAUGAUUUUGUUCUUGGAGCUGGAGCUUCUAGGGGCUUUUGUGUGGUCGUUGCAAAUGGGAAUAGGGAGAACUCACAUAUUGAGAUUGAUAAAGACCAGAAAGCUAAGGAUUUUUAUGAGAAACCAAUUGAUUUCACCAAGGUCAAUAUUAAUUUGCUUCCCACUGUGAUGAUUAUUGGACGUCCUAAUGUGGGCAAGUCAGCUUUGUUUAACCGGCUGAUUAGGAGGAAGGAGGCUUUGGUUUACAACACGCCAGAUGAUCAUGUUACUAGGGACAUAAGAGAGGGGAUUGCUAAACUUGGUGAUUUGAGAUUUAGGGUCUUGGAUUCAGCUGGCUUGGAAACUGAAGCAACUUCUGGGUCUAUUCUUGAUAGAACUGCAGGGAUGACUGCAAACGUUCUUGCAAAGACUCAAUUUGCAAUUUUCUUAAUUGAUGUGAGAGCUGGACUUCAUCCCUUGGAUUUGGAGGUUGGAAAGUGGUUGCGUAGACAUGCACCACGAAUCAAGCCUUUGGUGGUGAUGAAUAAGUCUGAAAAUCUUCUUGAUGGCACUGGCUCUCUUGCUGGUGCUGCUGCUGAAGCCCUUAUGUUAGGAUUUGGGGACCCUAUUGCUAUUUCUGCAGAGACUGGAUUGGGGAUGACAGAACUUUAUGAAGCUCUUCGCCCUUCACUUGAGGAUUUUAUGGUCCAAGUCUUAAAUAAUAAUUGCUGUCAAGAUGAUAGUUCUGGUCAGGACAGCAGCUCUGGUGAGGUUGAUGAGUCUAAGUUGCCAUUACAGUUAGCAAUUGUAGGAAGGCCUAAUGUUGGGAAGUCAACCUUGCUGAAUGCUUUGUUACAAGAAGACCGUGUGCUGGUGGGUCCAGAAGCUGGUUUGACCAGAGAUUCAGUGAGAGUGCACUUUGAGUAUCAAGGGAGAACAGUAUACUUGGUUGACACUGCAGGUUGGUUGCAAAGGACAGAUAGGGAGAAAGGACCAGCAUCAUUGAGCAUCAUGCAAUCAAGAAAAAAUCUGAUGAGAGCUCAUGUAAUUGCUUUGGUCCUUGAUGCAGAAGAGAUUGCAAAGGCUAGACGUAGUAUGACACAUGCAGAAGUAGUUAUAGCAAGACGGACUGUGGAAGAAGGGCGUGGUUUGGUUGUUAUUGUCAACAAAAUGGAUCUUCUAAGUGGGAGAAAGAAUUCUGCCCUGUAUAAGAGGGUCAAGGAAGCUGUCCCUCUAGAAAUACAAACAGUUAUACCCCAGGUGACUGGCAUACCUGUUGUAUUCACUUCAGCAUUAGAGGGAAGGGGCCGGAUAUCCGUCAUGCAUCAGGUUAUUGAUACUUAUGAAAAAUGGUGUCUAAGGCUGUCCACAGCUCGACUUAACCGUUGGUUGCGUAAGGUCAUGAGCCGGCAUUCCUGGAAAGAUCAAUCUGCCCAACCCAAGAUAAAAUAUUUUACACAAGUGAAGGCUCGGCCUCCCACUUUCAUUGCCUUUGUGAGUGGGAAGACACAGCUAUUGGACACCGAACUCAGGUUCUUAAUGAAAUCUUUAAAGGAAGACUUCGACUUAGGUGGUAUCCCUAUUAGGAUACUGCAGCGAACAGUAGAAAGAAAAGCUGGGAGUAGCAGUAGCACUAGCAGAAGCAGAAGUAGCCAUUCCGUUGGCAGAACAGUUAAAAGGAUGGUUUCGGAGAAGAGAAUCAUACCUUCUUAACUAUACAACUCCAACUUCACCCACCGUUCAAACAAGCUUGAGUUGGUUGUCAUGGAUUCAAGUUAAGUUUGAGAUUACUCAUAUUCAAGUUCGGUUUGACUUGAAUUUGGGACCAGGGCUAACAAAUAUAAUGGGGUAAGUUUUGAUUCAAUUCAAAUUGGGAUUGAACAAAGUUAACUCAAUAUUGGUGCAAAUCCAAAUGAGCUAACUCGAGAUCAACGAGCCGAAGCGAUGGGGACCAAGGCAUGGAAGAAAGACAACGUUGAGACAUGAAAAUAAAAGAGGUCAACAAAAGAUCUGAAGUACGAGAUAGGUUAGAUGGAAAAAACAAAUUAACAGAGGAAUGAUAUUAAUAACUUUGAAGACUUAUGGAAAGAUGGUGGUAGGGUGGAAAGCACUAAAAUGGUGGAAGGAACAAGCCAAAUACAAGAGAUGAUAUGGCAUAUGAUAUGACAUUCAAGGAAGAUGUGGAAGCUUAUUUGGCAAUGUGACAUGAUGAUAUGGAUGUGCACGAUGAUAUGAGAGUCAUAUAUGAAGCCUUAUGUAUGUGAAAUAAGGAUUUCUAGUCUAAUUUAGUUAAUAGUCUUUUAUAAAUAUUGGUUUUCCUAAUACCUUUAGGAGUCCUAUUUUGAUUUGGAAUUAAUUGAGUUUUUAGGAGUUUAUGUUUUAGGAAAGCUCUAUUUAAUAUUAUAUACUUAAAGUCUAAGUUUAUUAGAAUUUGAAAUUAAUAAAUAUUUUUAAUUCAAGUGAAAUUAGUGUACUAUUUUAAUAAGUUUUUUAUUUUAGUAGAGUUAGGAUUUUUAUUUUAAUCAAAAGAGUUAUUAGCAUAUAUAAAAAGCUUAAGUUAUUGUAUUCAAUUCAAUAAAUCAAUUUAUCAGCAUAUCAAUAAAAUUCAAAUUUAAGAUUUGUGUUAUAAAAA